AUGCGUCGCUUCUUACAGGCUCCUCUACGAUCCCACCUAAACAAAUUGCGAUAUUACCCUAGAAACUUGACAGGCCAAAGGUGUUCCUCACGUCUUUACAAACCUCUCAACCCAGAGACAUCUCAAAUUCGACUACUCAAUGUCCCCCAAGGCCCAUCUUCUGGAUUUGAACUCGUUACAGCAUCACUAGAUGACAAACCAAGAUAUGCAGCACUGUUAUACCUCUUGGGCAAUCCUGAGCACUAUGGCCAAAUCACAAUCGAGGGUAACACUGUCAAGAUCCCAGAUAACUUGGCCUCAGCAUUCCUUUGUAUGUUGAGCUAUGAGCCUUUUCGCUCGCAAUCUGAUUGCCAAUACCUCUGGGCGGAUGCGAUAUGCAUCAAUCAGGAUGAUCACGAGGAAAGAUCUCAGCAAGUUCAGCUCAUGCGUCGUAUCUUUCAACUUGCCCACUCUACUCUCGCAUGGGCUGGACCGAAGGACUACUCCCUUGCUUUCGAUACUAUCAAAACAAUAGGAAAGAUAAUAGAUCAAAACGCCACCAAUAAGGGCAUUGUGUCCACGACGCCCUUCGACAUUGAGUGGUUACGGGGUUAUCCCGAGCUUUGUCUCGACAGAGGAUCUAACCUCCCCAACAACCAUCUCAUCGAUCCUUGGUCUGCCGUGGCCGACUUUCUACAACAUCAGUAUUGGAAAAGGGCAUGGGUAUUCCAAGAAGUCGUCCUUGCCGACCAAUUAGCCUUCAUCAGUCCAGGGAAAUCCAACCUGGAAUGGUCCACCCGUGUCAAUUUGGAAGCCACCGAUCAUCGGGAUCAUAUUUAUGGUCUUCUUGGAGUGUCAGGUAUCCCUAUGAGCCCAAACUACAGCCCUGAGAACAGGGCUUCGCACGUGUACACCAAGUAUAUCGCUGGAUGGUUGAAAGCUGCACGCACCCAAAAGACGAUGCACGUACGCACUCCGCUGGCCUUCCUGUCCCUAGCAGGAGUAGGAAAGUUUGGUGAAUCCGACCUACCAAGUUGGGUACCCAAUUAUCCAGAGAAAAAGGACGUGGCUGUCCCAUGGUACUAUAAAGCUAGCGACAUGAAGAUAUUGGCUCAGGAGUACCCGAGAGGUGAAGAUUAUGCAAUUCUUGCGUCGUUUAUGUCGUUGGCAAGCUCUUUCACGGCGCGCAAUUCACGUCACGUAUCCGGUAUUCUAGCAGCACAGGCCAUUAUUCGAUUACUACGUGUCAACUCACUUCAACGCACUACUCGGGACUUGAUACAUACCGCUAUGAAUCUGGCCAUGCUAAUCGCUUACUUUAACCAAGAACCAUCCGACACUGUCCAGAAUACCUUGGGUAGUGACUGGGAUGAAAACAUUCUCAAGCUGGCCUUUCCAGCAAUAGAUGUGACCCGAUUGGGAAUCAAUCCAGACAUCUUCUCGGAACUCAGCUCCUGGGAUAGACAGCGGCGUAUAGACGCCACUUUCGCUAUUGUUACCUUGUUUCACCAUUACCAAUUUUUCGAGACAAGCGAGGGAUACUUGGGUGAAGUUGACCAUCAAGUUGUGAAAGGCGAUCGCCUCUGUCCUCGCAGGCUACAACAAGCCAGUCAUCUUGAGGCCUAA